AUGGGGCAGCCCAAGAAGCUGGUCUACAGCUUCGUGGCGCGCGGCACCGUGGUGCUGACCGACCACGCCGAGGUCUCCGGCAACUUCGCCUCCGUCGCCGCGCAGUGCCUCCAGAAGCUCCCCACCAACAACAACCGCUUCAGCUACAACUGCGACGGCCACACCUUCAACUACCACGUCCAUGACGGAUUCACAUAUUGUGUUGUGGCUACCGAGUCUGCUGGUCGGCAACUUCCAGUCGGCUUCAUCGAGAGAGUUAAGGAAGAUUUCACCAAGAAAUACAGCAGCGGAAAAGCCAGAACUGCUGCUGCCAAUGGCCUCAAACGAGAAUAUGGGCCUAAGCUUAAAGACCACAUGAAGUACUGUGACCUGCACCCUGAGGAGAUUGACAAGCUUGCGAAAGUGAAGGCUCAGGUUUCAGAGGUGAAGGGAGUAAUGAUGCAAAACAUCGAAAAGGUACUAGAUCGUGGUGAGAAAAUUGAACUACUUGUCGAUAAGACAGAGGAUCUUCGCUCACAGGCACAAGAUUUCAAGAAGCAAGGAACAAAGAUACGACAGAAGAUGUGGUGGGAGAACAUGAAGAUAAAGCUCAUUGCUUUUGGCAUCAUUAUCGCGCUGAUCCUCCUCAUCAUCUUGACAGUUUGCGGCGACUUCCAUUGCUGGUGAUGUGACUGGAGAGUGCACAGAUCACCUCAUCUCACUGUUUGAAUACUGCUAUAGCCUUCAGUUUCGUGUUGCAUCGCAAAAGAGAAGAAAGAAACGCAGGAAAGGAAGUAAGGGGAGAAAGGCAUGCAUGCUACUACGACAUACAUGUAGAGAGUGUUAUUUCUACUAAAACCACCACAUAGAGAGUGCAUCGCCAUCAAUCGCGCCGUGAUGCUAGAAUCCGUCAGUUUGAUGUUAUAGUUGUCGCUGAUCACAUUCUUUAAUUUCUUUAGUUAUAUGUUUCUAGACCCAAAGGCUCGCAAUAUAUAACGGAGCCAAUGCCCAAGAAUUUUAUUUUACAUUGUUGUAAUUAUUAUUAUUAGUAUAAUGAUGUAACCCAGAUAAGGUGCUUUUGCUGCAGUUUCGUAAAGAGGUUUCAUCUUCAUGUA